ACGGGGGAGGCGCUGCCCCCAGACGAGCUGAGCGUGGGCACGGGCAGCCUGCCCCCCAAGAGGCCCCGCAGCGCCACCCCGCGGCCGCUGUGCCUGGAGGACUGCAUGCAGCUGCUGGAGGAGCUCUUCCCCUUCGUGGACACGAGCGGCGGAGGCACGGGCUCGAUGUCUGGCGCCAACGCAAUGGCACCGACGAGGGACUCCAGCCGAUAUCAGCACCAGCUGCAUCAUCACCACCACCAACAGCAGCAGCAGCAUCACCAGCAGCAUCAGCAGCAAGGCGUGACUCCGUUUCAAGUGGCGUGUCCUCUCUCCGAACACAUGCUGGCCAGAGAUCUGGAGCAGGGCUGGCAAGAGAUUUUGGAAAUGCCCGAGAUGCAGGCACUCGACGUGACUGCACCCGCACAGCACCAUCAUCAGCACCAGCAGCAGCAACAGCACCAUCAUCAGCAGCAGCAUCAGCAGCAGGCGCCGCCAGGAGCCGCCGACGCCUCCUUGUACAGCGAGUCGCCGGAUCUCGUCGAUGGCUUCUGCCAGCAGCGCGCCCGGCUGCCCAGCCAGAGCUUCUACCCAGGCGGCGGUGGCACCACCGCCACGGGCGGCACCGGCGCCUCCACAGGCUUCUGCGCCGCUUUCUCGGCAGGCUCCGCGCCGCCACCGCCGCUCAGGCCCGAGCCCCAGGGCUUUGCCCGGGCCAAGCUGGAGUACGCGGCGACCUCCGCCUCCAGCGGCGCCGGCUACAAGGAGAUCAGCUACUUCGGUUCGGCGCAAUGCGUGCCGCGCCACGCCGGCGCUCCGUCACUGCAUCCGCUGCCACCACCCUCCUCUGCCGCCGCCUCCCCAGCUGCCGGCAGCGGCGGCAGCUACCAGCCUCUGCCCGUGGGGCCACCGGGAGCGACGUUCGGGAGCUUCGGGGUGUGCGGUGGCGGUGGCGCAGAUGGCGUUGGUGUCGCUGGCUGUGGAGGUGGUGGUGAGUCGCGCGAGCAGCCGUGCGCUCACCGGUGUCUCAGCCGAGGCACGGGGCUGUACCCCGACUCAGCGGCCGUGCUGCUGCCCUACGCAGACCACCUGGGCUGCUACGGCGGCGGCAGCAGCAGCAAUAGCAGUAGCGGCAGUGGCGAUGGCAGCAAAGAGACGUACGAGAGCUUCAGGACCCUGGGCUACGAGGCGAGCGCUGACGGCGAGUGCGGCGGAGGGGAGCAGAUGCCGUGUGAGAUGAUGUACCUGGACCAUCACCACCAGCAGCACCAGCAGCACGACGUGCACAGGGGCGAGCCCAGCACCACCCCGGACUACAUCUCCUUCCUCGGCGCGUCAGCCCUGGUGGACCUCAGCGGCAGCGCUGGUGGGGUCUGCAUAGCGGCGAGCGAAGGCGGCGGAGUUUGCGGAGCAGCGGGAUUGACGAGGGUCGCAGGGCCGUUGCCGCCGGGCGGCGCCGCCGCCACCGCGGCCACCACCGGGCCCGACCGCCUCCACCUGGAUCCCCUGCCGCCGGCGGCGGCGCGGCGCGGCGGCGCGGCGUCGUCCCUCCGCCUGCUGCCGUCGGGCGCGGACGCCCGGCUGAGCCGCGACGAGCGCCGCGCGGCCGCCAUGCGCAUCCCGAUCGGCGUGUCGCAGAUCGUCAACAUGGCCGUGGACGACUUCAACGAGCUGCUGGCGCGCCACCGCCUCACCGAGCCGCAGCUGGCGCUCGUGCGCGACAUCCGCCGGCGCGGCAAGAACAAGGUGGCGGCGCAGAACUGCCGCAAGCGCAAGCUGGACGGCCUCACGGGCCUCGAGCGCGAGUUGGCGCGCCUGCAGGGACGCCGGGAGGCGCUGCUCGCCGAGAGGAGGGACAUCGAGGAGGGGGUGGCGGCGGCCGAGCGCCGGCUGGCAGCGCUCCGAGCGCAGGUGUUCGCGGCGCUGCGCGACGAGAGCGGCAGGCCCUACCCGCCCGAGCGGUUCUGCCUGCGGCACACGAGCGAUGGCGCCGUGUGCCUCGUGCCCAGUGGGGGGGGCGGCGGCACCGGCGACGGCGACGGCCAAGCGAGCGGGCGCUGAGGUUGUGGGUGGCGUUGUCGCCUCCGCCUGACGAGAUAAGCAAUGGCUGGCUUCCCAAGCCACGGCGGAGGAGUUAUUUGGAUGCCGCCACGGCAGUCGUGACGGUCAGCGGCGCGCCACCGGACCAGCGGUCCGAAGAUCGCCGGGUCGAUCCCGUCCCUCCAGGUGUGGCGGUUAAAACAACGUGGCAAGUGUUGGAAAUCCCCAGCCUCUGUCCACGCGGCAGUCUACACAGCGGUCACCACAGGCAGUCGAUUGGAAGGUCGCGCUCGGUGGGGGUAAAGUGUGGGUACUCCCACCUCUUUCAAGACGUCUGGUUAACGUGGAACAAGUAGACCAAAUAUCCUCUGCAGGGGACUCUCGAGCUCCUUCUAGUAGAGUCCCUGCUGCCAGCAGGGGUCUCGGCAAGGAAUUUCAGGGCUGCACCUUGUGCCUUGUAACCUUUAGCGAACAUGGCAAGAAUAUCUCAAGAGUUCCGAGAACCAUCGCCCAGGUAAGUGCGUCUUGUCGAGUGGUGGGUGGAUGGUUGCGCUACAGAUGGGAAGCGGGACUCCCAAUUUCACAUCCCUGGAAGAAUUGGGGGAAUUUCCCAGAACGGGGUUCCUGGGAAAACCAGGACAGCCAAGGUGGAUUCCAGCCCCGUGGGGAGGUGGAGUUUUGAGUGCCGGGGCAGCAGCUGUGAUGCCGAAUUUUGUUUGGUUUGGUGGUUCACGUGCACAUUGACUUCGAGUCGUCACUAAUCGUCAUCAGCCAUGAUCUAUCCACAUCCACUGCUGGAUGAGGCCUCCUCCAUCUGUCACCAUCACUCAUGACCCCGCGGUCGAUGCAACAAACCAUUUGCUCCUCCGCACAAGCCCAUUCAUCACUCCAUCUCUGCUGCGGGCGUGUUAUCGCGUGUUUCCCUCCUCCUGUGGCUGCCACUUCCGACUAUUAUUCUUCAUCAUCGCACAUCAUCUUUCCAUCAGCCCAAGCCCGUUUAACUUUUAUCUGUCAACGUGAUGUAUUUAGUCCACGUGCUUCUCUUCCCGUGACUCUCUCUCUCUGGCGUGUUUCAACUCACUGCUCCUGAGCACGUCAGCGAUGGUGGACCUCAGUGUUGAGGAUCAAAGUGUAACAGUGACCUGGUGGAGGUGAUGGGGGAGAUGGUGGUGGAAGAAAUGGUGGAGUUGGGCCCAACAUUUUUGAAGUCGCACGAACAGAUCUUUCAAAUAUCGACAAGCAUACAACACGUCUAUCCUACACGUCUGUUCAUAAAAAUAAAUAUCUACACGACCCAUCGCCCCACGGCCUUCUGGGAGCAAACAGUCGCGGUGGCGAGAU